AUGUCAUUUCCAAACAGCUCUCCCGCUGCAAAUACUUUUCUGGUAGACUCUUUGAUCAGUGCGUGCAGAACUGAUAGUUUCUACUCCAGCAGCAGCAUGUACAUGCCGUCCAGUGCAGAGAUGGGAACUUAUGGAAUGCAAAACUGUGGACUUCUGCCGUCUCUCGGUAAAAGGGGAGAAGUUAGCCACCAAACCAUGGGCAUGAACGUCCAUUCUUAUAUACCUCAGAUCGAUAACUGGGCAGAUCCGAGCAGAUCGUGCAGAAUAGAGCAACCUUCUACUCAGAUGCCCACUUGCACGUUCUCACAAAACAUAAAAGAAGAAAGUAACUGCUGCAUGUAUUCCGACAAGAGAGCAAAGGUCAGCUCGUCCGACAUCCCCACGUACGCUAAUCUGAUUCCUGAAUCUUGUUCUGUUGAUGGUCCAGAAAUUCCCGUUCCGGGGUAUUUCAGACUGAGCCAAACAUAUGCACCUGGAAAAAAUCAGGACUAUAGCCACGAGACGAGUCCAAACACAAUCUUGCAAUUGAACAGAGUUGCUCCAAAAUCGCAACUGUCUUCUCUGGCCGAGGUGGAAAAGAAAAUAAACGACAUUCAGACCGACCAAGAGACGGCCGAGGCACCCACCCGCGUGGAAAGCCCAGAUCCAAAGUCGAGUUCGCAGGAGGAGAAGAAUUGCUCCACUGAAGCGUCUGCCUCCAGCCCUGAAUCGCAACAAAAGGAAGCGAAAGAGCGUAAAAAUGAUUCUCCGACAAGCAAUUGGUUAACCGCCAAAAGUGGUAGGAAAAAAAGAUGCCCCUAUACAAAGCACCAGACACUGGAAUUAGAGAAGGAGUUCUUAUUCAACAUGUACCUGACUCGAGAGCGCCGCCUGGAGAUCAGUAAAAGCGUCAACCUUACCGACAGACAAGUCAAAAUCUGGUUUCAGAACCGCAGAAUGAAACUGAAGAAAAUGAGCAGGGAAAACCGAAUUCGAGAACUUACCUCGAACCUGACUUUCUCGUGA